AUGUGCUCGGAGGCUACAGACGAAAUGGGAAAGAGGAAAAAGAAUUCCUGGUUUGGCUAUCUUCACCUUCGACACUGGAUGACAGCUGUAACUGUCUUUGCCUUCCUCAGUUGCUGCAUGGUAUUCUACAAGUUCUCCAAUGAGUACCCAGAGGGUGACAAUCUCCUUGGGUUCAGCCGCCGGGAAGAACGCCUAGCCCAGCGUGUGCGUGAGGUGGAGGAGCAGAACCAUCUUCUCCGUCGCCAGCUUUCCCUCUCACAGAACCAGCUUCUCAGUGUUAUCUCUGAUUCCAUGCGCCUCUCAAAUGCUUCUAAUGAACCCUUAAAAGAUAAAACAGAUGAAUCAGUAAAAUGCAUCGAGCAUGACGAAGUUGGCAAGUGCGAGACUCUCCAUGUUGCUAUUGUGUGUGCUGGCUACAACUCCAGUCGCUCUGUGGUCACUCUGAUCAAGUCCAUUUUGUUUCAUCGCAAAAAUCCCUUGCACUUCCACUUCAUCUCUGAUUCUGUGGCUGAAGUGAUUCUUCAGCGCUUGUUUGCAACAUGGAACAUCCCUCAAGUGGAGGUCAGCUUCUAUCUUGCUGACAACGUCCAGAAUGAAGUGUUUUGGAUCCCAAAUAAGCACUAUUCUGGAGUGUAUGGUCUCAUGAAACUCACUCUUCCAAAAAUCCUUCCUGCUUGGCUACACAAGACCAUUGUCCUUGAUACAGACAUUGUGGUGGCGACUGAUAUAGCUGAGCUCUGGGCCCUCUUCAAGAGACUUAAUGCUAACCAAGCCCUAGGAUUAGUGGAGAACCAAAGUGACUGGUAUCUGGGGAAGCUGUGGAAACACCAUCGUCCCUGGCCAGCCUUGGGGCGUGGGUUCAAUACCGGUGUGAUAUUGAUGGACUUGGGGAAGCUGAGAAGCAUGAAGUGGAGUCAGCUAUGGAGGCUGGUGGCCGAGAGAGAUCUCGUCACUCACUUGGCCACGUCUCUAGCCGACCAAGACAUUCUGAACGCUGUGAUCAAAACGUACCCGCAUCUCGUCUACAUGCUGCCGUGCCAGUGGAACGUGCAGCUCGGCGACAACACGCUGAGCGAGCUCUGUUACACUGCAGCUGCCGAUCUCAAAGCAAUCCACUGGAAUUCUCCAAAGAAAUUCAAAGUCCAGAACAAACACGUCCAGUACUUCCGGAAUCUCUACCUCACGUUCUUGGAGUACGACGGGAACCUGUUGAGACGGGAGCUCUUCAGUUGUAAUUCCUCCAAGGUAUCAUCGCAAGAUGCUGCAAUCAUCCAACUGAACGAAGAAGAUCCGUGCUACGAGUUCCGCCGAGCCCAUGCCACCAAUUAUCGAACACACCUCUUCUUCCUAGAAUACAAGUGGGAACCGUCUCCAGAUGGGAGUGAUGUGACACUUCUGGCUCAAUUGUCGAUGGAUCGUCUCCAGAUGGUAGAGCCCCUGUGUCUUCAUUGGGAAGGACCGAUCAGCCUCACCCUUUAUCUUUCAGAUGCAGAAGCCCAGCAGUUUCUCAGCUAUGUCCUCUCCUCCGAACUGCUUUCCAGUCGGAAGAACAUCGCCUAUCACAUCGUGUACAAAGAGGGGAAUUUUUACCCAGUGAACUUCCUGAGGAAUGUAGGUCUGCAGAAUGUGAAUACUCCCUACGUCUUCCUCACCGACGUCGACUUUCUCCCUUCGUACGAUUUGUACGAAGUUCUCAAGAAAGCCGUGGCUGUAAUGAAGAUGAACCUGAAGAAAAAGGCUUUGAUCGUGCCUGCCUUUGAGACACAGAGGUACCGACUCACCUUCCCGAAGUCCAAGGCCAAGCUUCUCGAACUAUUGGACAUGGGGACGAUCAUCACGUUCCGCUACCACGUCUGGACGAAAGGCCAUUUCCCGACCGAUUACGCCAGGUGGAGAACGGCUACAACACCUUACCCGGUCGAGUGGGAACCCGACUUCGAGCCUUACGUAGUCGUAGGCGCAGAUGUGCCCUUCUACGAUACCAGAUUCGUGGGCUUCGGAUGGAAUAAGGUGUCCCACAUCAUGGAAUUGGAAGCCCAGGGGUACGAAUUUGAUGUCCUGCCGAAUGCAUUCAUCAUUCACAUGCCCCAUGCUCCGAGUCUGGACAUUGCCCGAUUCCGCUCCUCGGCUCAAUAUCGGAAGUGCCUCAAGAUCCUCAAACACGAAUUUGUCGAAGAAUUGACCAAGAAGUAUGGUCGACAGUUCAGUUUAAGUAAAGUAUAG